UAAAUCACUUUCCAGAUCAAAGGCACAAAUCUCAAUUGCAUUUCCUCGCUUACUCAACUGCAAAUACAAAAAUAUGCAAAUUUUCCUGAACUCUCGAAUCCUUUUUGCCUUUCCGUCUGCACGAUUUGGAUUUCAUUGGCGAGAGAGACGCACUGUGCGCAAUGUUGGCAUGCUCGUGAUUCGAUUUCUGUUCCCCGGUCGCGGAGGAGUUGUUGUGCUGGACGGAGGAAUUGAGGAGGCGCAGUGCUGUGGCAUCACGAGGCCGAGGAGGAGAGCCGCUGCCCUGUCUCACCACCGUCCAUCCUUUGUUGUCCCUCUAGGAGCAAAUUAUGCGGGAGAGUCAGGUGUCCGGGCGCGUUCAGUUGCAAGUGUGGUACCACGGCGAGCGUAAGGAGUUGGUCGUCUCUCUGAUGGCGGCUGAUGAUCUGGCGCCUCGGGAUGAGUUCUGCGGCUUCGGCAACCUGCCCGAGGCAUACGCCAAAGUGCGAAUUGCCCCCAGAACGAGCGACGGUUUUAUUGCGCAAACUGAGGUCUCAGCGCCAACGGUGAACCCCAUCUGGAAUGCCACGUUAACGUUCUCUUCCAUCACGGAGAAAGAGCUUACGGGCAGAGCGCUGGAGAUUGCGCUGUGGGAUCUCAUUCCCUACGGCGAGAGCACAUUCUUGGGCGAGUGCAGUGUGGACAUUGAGAAGGCCUUCCUUGAGGACCGCGCCAUAUGGUAUCGCCUGCAGGAUCCCAAGCACAUCCGGGCCACGAUGUACGGCAGCUCGAGCAGUAUUAACAGGAGCGCUUUCGCGUCACCGCGCGGCUCUAUAAGUGAUCUGCAGCGUUUGCACCAUCGCAAUCUGGUCGGUAGUCGCGACAGUAUCAAGCGAUCCGUGUCCGAGGACGUGGACUAUAUGGGCGGAUCUUUCCUGCAUCCCAACCACGCGUGGAUGCCGGGCUCGCGGCGCGGUUCGUCGCAGUCGGAGACACUCGAGGUGGAAGUGUAUCAGCUGGUGAAGGACUUCUCCAAGAGUCUCCCCGGUUCGCGGCGGUCGUCGUUCCAGGACAGGGACGGGAAUCCGCUGCCCGAGAGCGAGCACCACUCGUCGCACGGACACCUGAGGACCAGCCGACGAUCCUCGUCUGUGCACCACUAUGAUCCGGACGACCUGUUCGUGGAGGGCCGCAAUGUGCGCUACACUGUGGACAAGUACGGUGCGUCGAAGAGCAUUAAGCAGAGUCGGAUGUACUUCGACAGAUCGAAAUAGUGUGAAAUGACAGCGAAACUCAAUCAAUUGAUCGACUCCAAAACGACUCUUAUAAGAAUGCAAAACCCCAUAAAAGUAGAAUUGUAGCUGGUCAUAGACAUUGUUAGGCGACACUAAUCAAUAACAUUAUAUAGGGAUUAAAAUUAAAUGUGACUCACUUUAACUUGAUGGCAAAGCGACAAUCUAACGUAGGAACUCUUAACUUUAAGGACUAUUAUCCCAUUACCUGUCAUUGAUACUCAUUAGACCUCCCGAGCCUGAUGGUCCUUCUUUUCCGUGCCCGUGAAAAGGGAGUGACAGUUUUGGUAGUUUUAUGACAAUGAGAACUUACGAAUUUUUAACUAUAUCUUGGAAAAUCUCUCUUCGACAUAUCAAAAGACGAAUAAAUUCACGUGAGAAAUGGCACGAGUUCAAUAAUCAACUUCGAAAGCCUAAAACUUUGACGGUUUAAUGACAAUAUUAAGGAAACAGAGAGAGUUGAAAAUCUAGGGUUUCAAUUCAAUAGUGGUAAAAAUUCAGGAUGAAAGAUUUUCUGCCUAAUUAAUGAUUCUAUGAUUAUUGAGCAAUCGUACAAUUUCUCACGACUCACUUUUAAAGGAAAUAAACCCCUUCUUAACUCACGUGUGCUUCUUAUCAUCACAAUCAUUGUACAAUAGAGGAAAAUUCUCUAUACAAUUUCACAAAGAAAAAACAACGGAAAGCUCAGUCAAAGUGCAAAAAGGACAACCACGAAAGAUAUCUAAAAUACAAAUAAACUUUAAAUGUGAUUUAGAAAAUGUUACACACUUCUCAAAGUAUUUUUGUGAAAGAAGAGAUUGAUAUCAGAGGGAGAAUUUGAAAUCAGUAGGCGGGAAUUUGAAUAAUUUUCACAAUUGCUGCAAGGAACAAUAAAUUCAUUGACGUGCUAAAAGGUGAUUUCCGCGCGUUUUCAGCCCAUGGGUGAAAAGGAAGGGACAGAGGAACGUGAAAUGAAAUUCCGCAUAUAGGCAACGAGAUUAGAUUUUGUGUUGAGUGUGAAGAAAAGGGCAUUUGUGACAUGCAAAGGAAUUUUUAUGCUUUCUACCUGAAAAAUUUUAAUGAGAGUUCUUGUCGCAUUGGCGAGAAAAGUGGGAAGAAUUAGUGUUUAUUUUUGGCAAGGAGAAAAGUGUAAAAUGCUCGAAAGCACGAAAUGUUAUCGGAAGUAUGAAUUUAAAGGAAAAAGCUCUGCAUUUAAAGAUGUUGAAAAGCUGGGAAAAGGGAGAAAAUCAUAAAACUAUUCGCCUAUUGACUGUUCUAACACAUAAUAAUAUUGUAAAGGAAAAUCAUAAGAUUCUCAAAGAUGCCAAUUUUUGGUUUCUACUUAAUAGAAUAUCUUAAUAGUUACACAGUUGUUGUUUGUGUCACUCUAGAACGAGAGCUUCUUAGAGUAAGUUAAUCUAGCCUAGAGUGGAUUUGCUCUAAGCAAUCCCAAUCAAUGCUCUAGGCAACGUAGUCAGACCCCUUGAAAUACGAUGAAGACAAUCUGCCGAAGUGCAAAGACAUGAAGAGCUCACAGGAUAGGUGGAAAAUUUUCGGAAAAAUACAUUUUCAAAAAAGUAUUUGUGUAAAGUUAGAUUUUUGAAUAAAUUACGACACAAACUCUCUUAAUUAUUUCUCUAAAAUGAAGUUAACAAAGAGGUGCUAAUUCAGUAAGAAAUAUUAAUUGUACAGUUAAAGAGAUAUUUUAGUAAUGUAAUUAUUCAUUCUUUGAAAAUAUUUUACUGGAAAGAAACUCAACAUUGAGAAGAUUAUCACAAAGACUGUGAAAUGCCCUACUUUUUGUACACUUAGACUUUCUUUAGAAGCAAACCAUCGGCACUAAUAUAUCCUAGAAUUAUUCGAUUAAGAAAAAAAUCUUGCAAUCACUUUUACUCUUAGACUCUCUAUGAAAACUUUUUGUAGAAGAAACUGUAGUAGAGAAAGGUAAUUAUUUUGAAAGUGACCUUAUUGGUAGAGAUAAUAAUUUAUUAUACUAAAUAUUCUUUGAGCACGUGCAUUUUUUGAACGGAUCUGUAAAUUUGUUAACCACUUUGACGAAAGUUUCCGCAAUCGUGAGCUCUUCUUUUGCACUAAUUUCCACACAAAAUUCCCAUGAAAACCCCACCGAUGGAGUCUUUUUUUCAGUUGAUCUCUCAAAAACAUUUCACCACAAAUUAAUAUGGUUUCCGAGGCAAUAAAUGCUGGAAUGUUCCUCGAAAUUCGCCACAAAUUGUGAUUUCACGUACAAUACAAUGGAAGCGAGUGUAACUCAAAUUCUUCUCUCCAGCCACUGAAAAGAGCAUUGAAAGAAACCUAAAGAAAAAGUGAGCAGACAGAAGAUUUCCGCUGCUGGUCAAUUUCUAGAAACACAAACAAAAAUUGUGCCAAUGCAUAGGAAUUAAGUGCAAAAAAAACCUAUAAAGAACAAGACAUUAAAACAUAUAUAGAGCUAUUUUUGUUAUAGUCUGUAUCCAAGAUGAAAAAGUCACUGUAGAAAAGAGUAAAGGAAAUAUGCAGUGUUGAAGCAGAGAGAGAUAAAA